AGUAAUAUGAUCUGAAAGAGGGCGGUGGUAGAAAAAUAGUCAUACAAAUCACAGCCUUUUCCUUUCCCAUGUUUAAAGGAGCAGAUCACUAUUUGGAACUUGCGUGACAAAAAAAACAAAACAGCUUUCGUAUCGUUGCUAUAAGAGAGAGGCAGUAAAUGGACUGAGCAUUUGCAUGGAUUUUUAUGUCAUCUAAAAAAGUUGUUAUGCCAAAUUUAGGAUCAAGGAAGAAAGACAACCCAUCCAGAAUGGACAGACACACUGAGGAUCUGCCACAGUUGAGUAAUGAGGAUCAGCUGAGCAUCAUGAACAAGGUGAGGAACGGAGAGUGGUCCAUCGAAGAUGCUCUGAAGGAAGCCAGGAAGGAAAAUAAGCGGCUGUGCAAACAGAACAGCCAGACUGAAGAGGAACAGCAACCCUCACAAUACAACUUCAGUGUUCACAAGCACAACCGGUACAGGUGGCAGAAGCGGGUUCUUCAAAUUGAUUUGAAAACCAAAAUGCUGUGCAGCAUCGAGAAAGGCAUCAUCAAGCGGCAACUUCUCUUUUCGAUUGUCAAAAGUUGUGAUGAAGGAGUGGGUUCCAGGUUCUCCAUUUCCUUUAAAGGAUAUCAUGAUUAUGAAUUGGAGGCCACUUCAGUGGAAGAAAAAAACAAGAUAAUGCAGCUUGUGAAUCGGAUCAUUUAUGCGAACAUAUACAGUGACCCUGAAGAGUGUAAUGCAGAAACCCCUCAGCAGCCUGAAGCCUCACAGAGUCUUCGUGAAGGCGUCUUGUUGCUGCACAGAGGCGGCUUGGCCUCAUUCAGAUGGGUGAAAUAUAAGGUACAGCUGCGCCCAGGCGAGCUUACAAUGGUCCCCAUUAAGCGCCGGGGCCCCGCUGACGGUGAGGGGUCGUCCUCUCCGACCGUCCCCAUCGUGGUUCACCUGUCGGACGGAGACACCAGCGUACCGAAACCUCACGGCUCCGACACGUUCACCCUGAUCACACACAAGAAUCAGUACCAGUUUCGGGUGCCUGUGCCAGAUUACACCCCCGCCCCUGCAGGUGUUCAGGGCGAGCGAGACGCCUGGGUUCACGCCAUCGACAAACUGUGCUCAGGGUGGAAGAGGAAGUCAAUGGGCGAAAACAUGUUUGUGGGAAUACCGGCUCUACGACAUCUUAGCAUAGCAGAGGAGCCAGAGGACACAGAUCUCCAGUCGAUUGGUGGAAUAAUCACUUAUCCUCCAGUUGAUUAUAAAAAUGCAAAUCCCCCUCCUUGUGGUGAAGAUCAUUUAUCAGCUGAAGACACGAGUAAAGAUGAUCCCACAGCUGAUGGGACAAAGCCUGUUCCUAAACCUCGCAUCAGUAAAAACCUUGCCGUUAUAGACCCUGAUAUGUUGCCUCCCGUAUCAUCACCCACAUCCCCCGGUGUCUCUGCCUCAUCUCCCCCGACCCCCCCUCGCCCCUCACCCCUCACCCCUGCCCUCACAUCAUCCUCCACAGCCCCAGAGUCUCCUAACCCAGAGCCUGUUGUGAAAAGGGCUCCCCCCCUGAGCACCCCGCCGCCUCCACCCCUGAGCACCCCGCCGCCUCCACCCCUGAGCAUCCCGCCGCCUCCCCCUUUACCCUUCAAGUUCAUGAAUUUUAAAAAGCCACGCACCAAAGCCUUCCACUGGGACGUAGUUGGCACAGAUAAGAUUGCAAAAUCAUUUUGGAAACAAGAAAGCACCGGGAGGAUUGAACUCGACACAUCGCGCUUAUUUGAGCAAUUUGCCGUUAAAGACAUGGGGACGUUUUGUGCGUCUGAGCCGAGCACCACGCAGCAUAUUAUGCUCAACCAGAAGAUUGCACACAACUUCAACAUUUUCCUCAAAAGUUUUCCCGUGCUUCCGGGAGAGCUGAAGGACAAACUGUUCGUCAUUAACGAGGAAGAUGGAGGCCUGUCUGAUGGGCACAUCACGUCUCUGAGGAGGUACGUCCCCACGUUGGAUGAUGUGGAAAUGUACAAAUCCCACAAAGGACCUGUGGCAGAGCUGCAUAUUGUGGACCAGUACAUGAUGGAGAUGUGCAACAUCCCGUGUCUGAGCACACAGCUCGACCUGCUGCUGACUCUGAGAGAGCUUCCGAUCGGCAUGAAAGACCUGCAGCCACUGAUUAACCAGAAGAUCAGAAUGUGCACACAGCUGAACAACUGCAGGUCAUUUGUUUCCGUGCUGGAGUACCUCCUCACCGUUGGCAAUUACCUCAACGAGAACGCAAGGAAGGAAAAGGCCAAGGGAUUUCGCCUCUCCUCCUUAACUAAACUCUCUCAGCUCCGGGGGAACGACAGGAAGUUCACCUUGCUGCAUGCCCUUGUGGAGCAGAUCAUGUUGCAUGAACCUUCCCUGGCUGCUUUUACAGAGGACUUGGCAGAAUUUGAAACUGUCCCGGGAGCUUCCAUUAAAGGCUUGACCGCAGAAGUUGACGUGCUGAAGAAUGAAGUGCAGAAAGUCAUUCAGUAUGAAAAAACUUUCAAGAAGAGAAAUGCUGGAGGUCAACACCCACAAUUCUACAAAGACUUGAAGAUGGCGAUUGAAAAAUACAAGACCGGUCUCUCAGCACUGACGAAGACGCGUGAUGAAAUGAAGAAACUCUACUCUGUCAUACUGGUGAAAUUCGGUGAACCAGCGGACCAAGACUCUCAGGAGCUCUUUGGGCUGAUCUGUCAGUUUGUCCAUGACUUCAGGGGGGCUCACGCUGAAAUGAUAUGAGUUUAGAGUAGCCGCUGAGACUUCAGUGAUACUUAUUAAACAAACCAAAGAGAGAUCUGAUAGUCUUAGUCACACUUCAGCGGGAUAAAAAUAAUAAACACUUUGAAUGCAGUGUUUGAUAUAAGUAGACUGUUGCAUCGAUGUAUAUUUGUUCAAGCUAUUUGUAUUUUUCUUUGUUGUUGUACAGAUGUAUUUUAAAGGCCAUUGGAUGUGAUGUAUGUGUACAAUGCACCUGGAUGAAAGGAUGAUAACGCUGUGAACAAUAAAACUGAUCCAUGUCACAUUUA